UUUUAUUUUGAAACACGCACAUCCUCCUCAGACCAAAUGCGCCGUUGAGCGGUCGGGCCUAUUUGGGGCUUUCUAAAGUUAGAAUUAAAACCGUUGGGACUAAGCAAAAACAUGGGCCUUUAGCUACACACAGUCUUGAGUAUUAGAUGGUGAUCUGUGCGCUUCACUAAGCAGGAUUUGUGUCGUCGCAGAGCGCAGCUCGUCGUUUUCGCGGCCGUUGCGGAGGGGAUUGUUAUGACAUUAUUCUCUUUGUCUCGCGCUGCACAAACACAAGACCAUCUUUCUCGCUGAAAGAGCCUUUUUCAGCCAUCGCUGCAAAUCUAGGUAUUGUUAACGACCCAAUUCUAACUUAUUCUCACCGGUCCGAUCGAGGGAUUGAAUCAUGUCGUUGCACGGUAAACGAAAAGAGAUCUACAAGUACGAGGCGCCAUGGACCGUCUAUGCCAUGAACUGGAGCGUCAGACCCGACAAGCGCUUUCGCCUGGCGCUCGGCAGCUUCGUUGAGGAAUAUAACAACAAGGUCCAGCUGGUGGGUCUCGAGGAGGAGAGCUCAGAGUUUGUAUGCAGGAACACCUUCGAUCAUCCGUACCCAACCACCAAGAUCAUGUGGAUCCCCGACACCAAGGGCGUCUAUCCAGACCUGCUGGCCACCAGUGGAGACUAUCUGCGCAUUUGGAGGGUGAAUGACACCGAGACCCGUCUGGAGUGUCUCCUGAAUAAUAACAAGAACUCUGAUUUCUGUGCACCUCUGACAUCUUUUGACUGGAAUGAAGUGGAUCCGAAUCUUCUGGGCACUUCUAGUAUUGAUACCACCUGUACGAUCUGGGGUUUAGAGACAGGACAGGUCCUAGGAAGGGUCAACCUGGUGUCAGGCCAUGUCAAAACACAGCUAAUUGCUCACGACAAGGAGGUGUAUGACAUCGCAUUCAGCCGUGCGGGUGGAGGUCGCGAUAUGUUUGCGUCUGUGGGAGCAGACGGAUCCGUGCGCAUGUUUGAUCUGCGACACCUGGAGCACAGCACCAUCAUCUAUGAGGACCCUCAACAUCACCCACUGCUGCGCCUGUGCUGGAACAAACAGGACCCCAACUACUUGGCCACUAUGGCCAUGGAUGGCAUGGAGGUGGUGAUUCUGGACGUGCGUGUGCCGUGCACACCUGUGGCUCGUCUCAAUAAUCAUCGUGCCUGUGUGAACGGCAUCGCAUGGGCGCCCCACUCCUCCUGUCACAUAUGUACAGCAGUAGCGGACGAUCACCAGGCUCUGAUCUGGGACAUCCAGCAGAUGCCGCGGGCCAUCGAGGACCCCAUCCUGGCCUACACGGCCGAGGGAGAGAUCAAUAACGUGCAGUGGGCCUCCACUCAGCCCGACUGGAUUGCCAUUUGCUACAACAACUGUCUGGAGAUCCUGCGGGUGUAGAGCCGAGGCUUAAAGCGCCUCUGUGCUUCCUGCGGGCAGCAUUGCUGGAAGCGAGUCUUUCAUGCAGCAGAGACUUGUUUUCUAAAGUUCCUGAGGUCUGGGGGUUUCAAGCGGGAAACUGUAUGAACGGGCCUAUGGGAAUAACAGUCUGAACAAUGUGUGUGCAACUUUUGUCUGGGAGAAUGAAGCCGUGUGAAUGAGUAUCUGUGUUUCUGUACAAUAUAUUAUAUUUGUCUGUUUUCCUACUUGCCGGUGUCCCAGAGUCCUCAUAAUGGGAUCUUAAACACAACUGUAAUUACUAUGAUUGUAUGGCCAUUUGUGUAGGGAAAGAUACAUGUUUAUUCUGUUUAACCGGUAAAAAACAUUUUUGAAAACUAGGAUCAGAAAGAUGUAAAAUUGCCAACAUGGACAAUACAAAACUACCGUUUUAUUAAGAUGUAAUUACUUACUUCAAAGAUUAACAAUUUUAAAGGUCCUCUGAACUUCAGAUCCAGUUUUUUUCUUUUUCAUUUCUCAUUUCAGGAAGGUGCCAUUUUUUUUGUAUCCCUGGAAAUUGUUAAAUACAGGAUAGUAUGGAGAUAAAAUGCUUGACGUCACUGCAAAACAUUCAUAAUUGUUCCUCAGACACGCUCACGACUCACAAAGCGGUUAGUUGCGCUGUUGAAGUCAAUGUUUGAGUGGGCAAUGUCUUUUCCAUUUAAAGAUGCAUUACUGAGAGUUCCUGUUAUAUUUUUCCCCAUGUUCUUUUUCAU